UCACCUGUUCAGCACGAUGGCCUCGCUGAGUGUAAAGCCAGGCCAGCGCUUCACCUUGCCAGACUGGCAGAACAACUCCCUCCUCAUCUCAGCCGAUGCCGAACAGCAGCGUUUUAAUUCCCAUCAUGUCCGGCAGGAAGGACGAGCUCUCCGCAAUGAAACCGGCAACCAGGCAAAAUGGGAUGAGCACAACAGCCGAACCCACCUCAAAGAUCGUAUCACCAACGUGGACAAAUGGAGAGAGGCCCUGGCCAAAUGCCUCGCAGAGAUAGACUUGGAAAUUGAUGCCUUAACCAAAGUGAAGGAAGCAGCAGAAAAUGCCAUCCAGGCAAAGAACUUGUGUUUGGAUGUUGCCAUUGAGUGCCUGACCUUCCGUGAGAGCCGUCGUGACAUCGAUGUGGUGAGGGAUCCUGUGGAAGAGGAGCUACAUAAAGAGGUGAAGGUGAUUGAGAAAACCAAGAAAGAGCUGCAGAAGCGAGUGGACGAUGCCUUCAAACAGCUCUGCCUCUUAAAGGAAGCUCGUCAGCAGCUGAGCUGUGACCACCGGCACAAGGUGGAAGCGUUGGAGCUUGAUCGGCAGUGCAUGUCCUUCAAUCCCACCUCUGGCAACAUCUCCUUCAAGGUCAACCCAACACGAAUCCCAGAUGGAACAACUGCACUUAGUGAGUGGGAACUGACCAGCCGGCGCAACAAGGAGCGUGCUGAGGCAGAAAUGAAAGCCUCAGUUGAUCUCCGAGGAGCAAUCACACUUACCAUUGCCCAGACAAACAAUGAGCUGGAUGCUCAGCGUAUAGCCACAGAGUUUGCGCUGAGGAAGAGGAUGAGAGACAUGGAAGCAGCCCUUAGUGAGCUGAAAUGGCAGGAGAAGAAUACCUUGGAGGAAAUUGCUGAAAUGGAGGAGGAGAUCCGGCAGCUGGAGGAAGAUAUCCGGAAGAGAACGCUGGAUCUGAAGGUGGCUCACACCCGCCUGGAGACGCGCACGUACCGGCCCCACAUCGAGCUCUGCCGGGAUCAGGCUCAGUUUGGACUGACAGACGAGGUCCAGCAGCUGGAAGGGAUCAUCCGUGCGCUCCAGCAGAAGCGGACAGAGUCACAGGAUACCUUGGACGGUCUUUACAGACAACUUCACCGCAUUCAGACAGAUAUUGGCUACAAAACCAAUUCUCUGCAGCUGGACAACAAGUGCAUGGACACCCGGAGAAAACUCGUGGUCCCCGUGGAGAAGUUUGACCCAGAGGUCGACGCUGUCAGCCGCACCAGGAACCUGCCGAGGAACAGUCAGCUGGAGCUGGCUUAG